AAGUCCGACCACAGUGGCGUCAUUCGCCGCCGGCGAUGUGCAUUGUGGAUCCAUCGGCUUCAUCUCUCUCCCGCCGAGCACAACUUCAACAUAAUCACCCGUUGCCGCGCCGCGAACCACUCGACCUCACCGCAUCUUCCACCACCCACCGUCCACCGCAAGCAUGAACCCCUUCCGCCCUCUCCUACGAAUACGCCCCCGGGUCCUCCCAGCCUACCGCAUCACAUCCCACCGCGCCCUCAGCCUCACCCCGCGGCUCCUCGGCCUACAGAUUACGAACCCGCGCGCCGACCCCACCGACCCUUCAGCGACGAUGUCGAUCGUGCUGACCCCACGAGCAUCCUCACGACUACAAGCGAUCCAGACGAGAGACUCGAAUCCCCUUCUGGCGCUGCGAGUAACGGUGGAGUCCGGCGGGUGCCACGGCUUCCAGUACACGAUCUCGCUGUCAGACAAGGUGAAUCCCGCCGAGGAUUCGUUGUUUACCGAUGAGGAGACUGGCGCCAGGGUUGUGCUUGACGAGCCGAGUUUGGAGUUGCUCAAGGGGUCCACGGUGGAUUACACCCAGGAGCUGAUUGGGAGUCAGUUUGUGGUCAAGAACCCGCUUGCCACAAGUAGUUGUGGGUGUGGGACUAGUUUUGAUAUUGCUGGGCUGUAGGAGGAGGUUGGAUGGGGAUAGUGGCUGCAGAGAAGAGAUGGCUGUGGCUUUUUUUUCUGGAGGGUUUUUUUUUU